AUGGUGGAUAUUGAUAUAAAUAAAACAGCUGUUUGUGGAUUAAUUCGAUGUUUUGCACAUGAAGUACUAUCUCGUCAAAAAUCAUAUCAGAAUGAUUUACUUAUAUCAUAUUUACAAUUUAUUAUAUCAUUACGAUCAGAAUGUAUUGAUUAUAGUUUUGCUAAUUAUAUACUAUCUAUUCAACUUUUUCAAGAUAUUCGUCAUGUGGAGUUUCGUAUUUUAAAAUAUUUUGAUUCAUUUGGCAAACGUGUAAAUCAUUCUCCUAUUGGUAAUACUUCAAAUUAUUUAAUUAAGGAAACUGUAGCAUGGGAUAAUGGAAAUCAUAUAACAUUUAAUGUACCAUUUGAUGAUUUAAAAUCAAUAAUUCAUCUUGUCGAUUUAACAUUACACAGUUCUGAUCGUCAAACAAAAAUAACAGCAUGUGAACUCCUACAAUCAAUAAUGGUUUAUAUAAUUGGAAAAAGAGUAAAUAAUUGA